AUGAUCCUAGACACCUGCAACAGUAACUCAACAAAAGUCGGUCCUGAAGAGCUGGGCCUGACCAUCGCGGACUUUUCUGCAUCUCUGGCCCACGGGGAGUACUGUGCCAAAAACGCCUCAUAUAUCAGGCCUGAUGACGCUGGGUCUAUCCUCCCAUGGCCCUACACACUGGCCUGGUUCCUCAUCCAUUUCCCAAUCACCCUGAUCAGGGUCCACCGUUGGGAGAGGGUGCAGGCCCUGUCCAUCAUCCUCGCCGUCACCACGGUGUGGUUCCAGCUGCAGGCCUACACGAGCAGCAUUGAACCAGAGGCUGUGCUCGUGUGGAUGCCCAUCUUUGUCGUCCUAGACAUUGGAGCUAUGAUGCAGCUCGUCUUUCUAAUCGUCGAAGACACUGGGUUCUGGCCUCUGGUGAAGGCUCUGCCUAACUUCUUGCCGCUCAGUGCGCGCCGAAGUAGUACAACUUCAAGCACAGUAGUAGGAAGCGAAGAAGUUAGGAUCGAAGGGUCUGGCAAAACCGCGACGGCUACUCCCCUUCCCCCGUCAUGGACUGAACUCAACCGCGAACCAGCGAGUUCAGAGCUUGUUGGCCGUGCUUGGCUUGCGUUGCUGUCCUUUGUCCUGGGGAUCCUUCUUCUUUCUAUCCAACUCUUUGGCCUUGCCAUGGCCAUCAAAGGGUUUCACAGCGACCAUGUCACUGCACAAUGGUGUUCUACCUUCUUUGCUACCGCCGUCGCGGUCGAAUCUGACUGCAAGCUCUACGAUGUCACGCCCUCAUUAAGUCAAGGAAUUGGAUGCAUCACCAUCAAAGGCUACGAGCAGUACACCUGGCUCCAAGCCUCAAUCAUCAUAAUUUCCCUAUCCUUGGCCUUCCAAGUGUUUGACUUCACAAUCAUGACACUGGUUAGCGGAACAACGAGAUGGAGAGGAGCCAAGAUGAAGCGGCCUUGGUUCACCAUGUUUACCGGAAAUAUCGUACUUCUGGUUCUGAUUGUUGUUGGAGUUUUUCAGUCACAGCGUUUGCCCAGAGACGUGAGCCCAAGCGUUCUGGUAUACAAGCAUGGUCGAGGACUAGGCAAUAGCAAUCACACCUGUAUUGGCGAGCUUACACCUUAUGGUGUACGGGGAGCCAUCAUUGGAUGGACGGAUGGGUUCUUGGAAAGCUGGGGAGACACUUAUUCUCCAAAGUCCUAUUGA